GCCAUUCUGAGCCAUCUCGACUCAGCCGUUGAGUGGCUGCAACCCCCGUCGUAGCUGAGAUGCCGCCUGUGCAAUGUGCCCUUGAGUUGUUUGUGUAUAUCAAUCAAGCUCGACCGCUCCGUGAGUGCAAUGCCGCAGAGAACCAGCAAGAGGUCAGAACCGGAGUGAUCCAGUUCGUCCAGUGUCAUCAGCGUCACCCGUAGCGACAGACCACUUGCGCAGCAUAUCGGACAGCGUCGCAUCUCUCCCCACAUUGUGCCGUCCCCCGUCAAACGCCCUCUCGCCAUGGCCACGUCUGAGCUUCACAGCCAGGUCGAGGUCCUCGUCAGAAACAGGCUCGAGCCAACACCGUUCGCCGCCUCUGACCUCAAGGAGCUGUCCGGAGGCACGGCCAACUUCAUCUACCGCGCCACGCUCCGCGAGCCACUCCCAGACGGCACCCGCCACGUCCUGGUCAAGCAUGGCGAGGGCUUCGUCAAGAACAGCCCGGGCUUCAAGCUGACAACCUCGAGAUGCCGCAUCGAGCAAGAAUGUCUUGAGACCUUGUCCGAGCUCAAGGUUGUGGGUCAAGCAGACUCGGAUGACGUCUUCAAAUAUGCCGUGCGGACACCGCGGGCUUUGUACUUUGACGCAGAGAGCAACACUCAGGUCCAGGAGUUCUUGUCCGAUGGUAUAGACCUCAAGAGCUACGCCCUGGCCACUUUCUCUCCCCACACACCCGAGUCCCACAAGGCAGAAUGCCAUGCACUGGGGAAGGCCAUCGGUCGAUGGCUACGUGCACUCCAUGACUUGUCGGUUGCUGGCACAAAUCAGCAAGCAGGUCACACGAGAGACCAGUCCGGCUUGGCGGGCCUGGUGGCGGAAAACAUUGAGCUGCAGAAACUAAAGCAUGCCAUCAACUUCGGAUUGCUGCAAGGACAGCCGGACAAGUUCCCAAAGGUGCUUGGCGAUGAUGCAAGGCAGGCAUUCGCCAAAGUACAAGACAUGGCAGCCCAGGAGCUCGAAGACGAGUCUCAGCUUGGGAUCAUACACGGCGACUUUUGGACCGGAAAUAUCCUUCUGCCGAACAAGCCCAUCACGCCAGACCAGGAGGUCCCAGUCUUUGUGGUCGACUGGGAAAUGGCCCAGCUUGGCAAGCGCAACCUCGACCUAGGGCAGAUGAUUGCCGAGCUCUAUGAGCUUUGGCUUUACAAAUCAAUCACCGCAGGCCUGUGGAUCAUAGAAGGAUUCACUGCCGGCUAUGGUGUAGGGACAGCUGAGUUCGCUUUCCGCACGGCGAUCCAGACGGGAGCCCACCUUGUGUGCUUUGGUACUUCUGUACCGGGCUGGGGCACACCGGAGCAGAAUGAAAUGGUUGCAGAGAAGGGAAGGGAUCUCAUCAUGCAUGCAUUGGACAAGGACCGGGGAUGGUUCGAGAAGAGUGAGCUGGCGAGCUUGUUCGGCAAAGUGCAGUGAUCCUUCACCGUUGGCAAUGAAGUUAUCAUUCUGAAUCU